GCGCAAAGCUUUCCUCUUCCUUUCAGCCAUCCGAGCGCCAUGGCUCCUGUGAAGAAAAUUGCAACCAAGGGCAGCAAAAAGAAGAAGCAAGUCCUUAAAUUUACCUUGGACUGCACUCACCCUGUAGAAGAUGGCAUCAUGGAUGCUUCUAACUUUGAACAGUUUUUACAGGAAAGAAUCAAGGUGAACGGAAAAGCUGGUAACCUUGGGGGAGGUGUUGUCACUAUUGAGAGAAGCAAGAGUAAGAUCACUGUUACUUCAGAGGUGCCGUUUUCUAAGAGGUAUUUAAAGUACCUCACUAAGAAAUACCUCAAGAAAAACAACUUGCGAGACUGGUUGCGCGUUGUAGCCAACAGUAAAGAAAGCUAUGAGUUGAGAUACUUCCAGAUCAACCAAGAUGAAGAGGAGGAAGAGGAUGAAGAUUAAAUUGAUCUGGAUCAUUUUUUGUAUAUGUCUAAAAUAAAUAUGGAAACCAAA